AUGGAUCGCAGGAAAAAUGGGAGCCUUGCCCACUGGGCGGGGUUAGCGCUCUGCUGCUUGUUGCUCCUCCUGUUUAACGUUCUGUACCCCUACGAGGAGGGCCACGUCCGAGGGAGGGGUCUUGGAGAGCAAAGUGGAAUCAGGACAAAUGCAUGUAGCAAUAUCAUCCCGUUUUACCUCAACAGCCAUAAUUUUUUUAACCCCCUACGGGAAAUCAAUGUCUCAAAUAAUUACUCCCUAAGGUGGAAUAUCAACUAUAUAUACUUCGAAUACUUUAAUGAAGAAUUUUUUAUAAAUUUUAAUCUACACAGUUUGUUGGUAAAGGAUGUUCAGUUAUACGAGUACAGAGACAGAAGCGUUUUGCUUUUGUCGAAGGAUGCCUCCCAUGAUGAAGUGAAAUUUUUUAUUCGUGUUGAACCGGACAAGAGUGUACACCCGGGGGAAAUGAGAACCUUUUAUUUUGUCAUUCACCCGGUGAGUGGCCCCAAUUUCAGCGCGUGUGUUAAUGUAAUGCUAGAGUUGAAUAUCGGCCUGGUGAGGAGGUACGAAGGGGAUCCACCGAGUUAUGGGCAUUCGGUUAAUCAUCGAAAUAGUGGUGGAAGAAGUAACAAUGAGGUGAAAAGCGUGUACGCUGAUAGGACCAUCGUGGAAGAGAAAAAAAGCAAACUCCCGGCACACCACAAAAAUUACAUCAUCGUGAAGGACAACUAUUAUUACGUUUCGAGUGAAGAAUACUACAUUAGAUUCGAACAGGAGAAGGAGAAGCCUUAUGCAGAUAUGCAAUCAAACCAAUCAGUGAUCGUUUACACUGUCCUUUUAUUUACCCAAUUUAGCGAACACGGCAGUAUAAGCUUCUACUCCCACUUAACAGAAGAUAUAACGAAAGAGAAAAAUUUCCACAUGAAUCUGAAAAAGCUACCCUUGGGAAAAAGCUACCUGUACAAUAUGACCGUAGAUAAUAUUUUGAGGUUGGCACAUCUGGAUAAGGAAUGUACUGAGGGGUGUAUCAACAGUGUACGGACAAAAAAUGGAUUGCUACUUCACGCCCUGUUGGAGAAUAAUUCUGUGUAUAAAUUUGAAGUUACUUACAUUUUGGGAAGGGGGUACCCCGGUGGGAUUAACGUGAACCCUGACGGGGCUCAUUUCAGCAUAGAAUUUUCCAUCGUGAGGAAUGACGCGGAGUACACCAUGGUGGACUUCAUCCGUGAGCACUUCACCAGGGAGUGCAUGCACAAUACCUUCUUCCCGAGAGGAAUCAUCCAAACGGGGGAGGCACACGGGGAGAUAACUCCCUUCCAGGAACACGCACUCAAGCGGUGCAAAAGGGGGGAGGAGCAGGAGAAGCAGGGGGAGGAGCAGAACCAGAGUUGCCCGUCCGCUGACCCAAGUGACGAAUUCAUCAUAUACGGAAGGAUGAUCGAACUAAAUGAUAACUUCAUAUUCAAUUUUGACCCAACUAAAUUAUUUGAGCAGCAUAAAGAAGUAAGCCUGACCAUCAGUGAGGAGAGUCUCUUCAAUAUGGUUGUCACAUCCAAGGCAGAUAACGUAUACAUUAAUUUGCUCAAAAAGGAUUCGUCUCAUUCGGAGAAGGUGUGCAACACGUACUACAUGAAUAACCUAAACGAUUACACACUCUUUAACUACAUGUCGAAAGAGAUGGAUCAUUUUCCGCAUGCACAUGUGAAUAAAUCGUUUGAUGGUGAUUAUAAGGAUGAUCAGGAGAUGAGAAGGAAGAAGUUUUCUCUCCACAAUGUGACCUACAUAAACUGCAUCCUACCCAAGGGGGAAUACUACUUAAGGAUAAGUGUCGAUGGGUAUAAUAUGAUAUGUGACUCGAACGAAGUCCAGCUGAUUGUUCAUCCUCUGAGUAUGUACGAGGAAAGACACAAAUGUGACAGCAGCAUGAAUGCUGUGACGGAUUUGUUUUACUAUCACUUGAGGUCUGAGAGUAAGAAGCACCGGGAGGGGGGUUCCAACCUGAUCAGUACACCUCAGGGAGAGGGUCUCACCCACGCAGAGAGGUCCAACUCGACAGGGGAUGAGGUCAAAUGGUUAAACAACAUCGAAGAAGACGUCAAAACAUAUCAGAAUAUUUACGAAAACAGGUGGAUUUUGAACAACCCGAUAUUUCAAGACUUCGAUUUUGUGAUUUUGUACGAGAAGCACAUCACGGAGAGAGUGGACGAAUUACUCGUGACGAUAAACAACUCCGUGUUUGUAGAUCUCUUCUUUGUAAUUGUAGAACCGGUGAUGGAUCAGAACUCUUAUUAUUACAUAUAUAGAAAUUCGAGGAACGUUUCCAAGUAUAAGAUCAAACAUGGAGACCGGCCCUUCACCAUUUAUCUAAUUGCCUCCACCAUGCACUACCCAGGACAACAGUUGUGUGGUUUUUUUUUCGUCGACAUUGACUUGGUAAUUAAGGCGAAGUUAACAAAGGAAAAGAAAGAACCUGGUGAUGUAGAACCCAUAACCAGUGCAUACAACAUGAUAAGUAGGAUUAACUAUAUCCCUGAUUUGAUCAUCGGAUAUGACUCCUACUCCUUCAGCAACUUCUGCUUCAUCCCAAAGUAUAAAAAACAUAGCCUAAUCAUCUACAUAAAGGAAGACUCUAUUGUCAAAAUAAAUUGCUUUAGCGCCAACUAUGUGUAUAUUUACCUGUAUGAUCAGAAUAGGAAAAAGCUUUAUGAUGGGUACAACCAGCUAUACAUCGAGUCCUUCACAAAAGGGGAGUACGAAAUCGUCCUGCAGUUUAACGCGCCGAAUGACCAGAAGGACAACGCGUUUUUCUACCUCCAGAUUUAUGUCUUCCAUUUGGGCUUGCUGGAGAGGUGCGCUGGGGGGGGAGCCACAGACGUGGGUAGAGGCACGGACGUAGGGACAGGCACAGACGCAGGGACAGGCACAGACGCAGGGACAGGGACAGCCACUGCCAGUUCAUCGCAAAGGGCAGAAUUACCCCCCGCAGCGACCACACCGAAUGCACAAGACGUGUACGACCUGAGCCCCUAUGUCGAAGGCAGCCGACCGGAUCUCACCACGGACACUAAUCAAACGCAAGUAAAGGGCAAGAACACCUUCUGGUUUCAGGCCCCAAACGCGUAUUACCUAUUCAUGAGGCACUUCCUGCUGCUCCAUCCGAACAAAAGGAUUGUAAAGGAGCUGAUCCUCCCCUACGUAGCGAACAUGGAUCCCUCAGUUACGUUCCUCCUGAAGGUAGAACUCAUUUUUGCAAAGAAUUAUUUGCCCUAUAAGCUUACCAUCCAGGACACAUCAAACAGCAGAUUGCAGUACCAUGAUAGUUACACGUACAAGAAUAAAAUCCUGAUGACUCUUCCCGUGGUGAAUAGUGUCUCCCUGGUGGGGAACAACCCCGAGGGUGAGAAGACCCCUCAGUGGGGGAAGAUCUUCAAGCUGUACGUAGACCUAUACGAAGAAGUGAACGAAAAUUUAAGGGACAACUUUUGCACGUAUGCCUACAUGCACAUUAUCUACACGAGCGAGAUGGAGGCUUUUCGGCAAUGGGGUGAGCAGGGUCUUUCCUACGGCACGGUGAAUCUUCCUCUCCUGCUGAAUAAUCUGCUUUUCAAGGGUCUUCCCGGUGUAGCAGGAAAAGCAGUUGGUGUAAGGGAAGCUGGUGAAGCGGCUAGCCAUGGUGACGAUCGCUCUGCGGUGAUCUCACUUCGCAACUCUGACCUGCCCGUCGCAAACCAGAGCGUGAACUACACCUUCGAACUGGUCAACAACAAUGUGCUCCUGUUUGUAGCCAAGGAUAACCUUUUUUUUGAUAUGUACAUGUACAGGGAAAACAGAGACAUAAAGCUGAAAGUGUAUAAAUUUUCCAACACGGAGAAGUUACUCUCUGGGGAAGGAGUCACCUACGAUGAAGUGACGAAGAAAGGGUCCCCACUAGGAGAAGAAAUUUUUUCCUUCAACAAGGGACAGAUAUACCUAUCGAUUUAUCUAACGAGAGGGCUGUACAUUUUUGAGUAUGAACGUGGGUCAGGUCCCUUUUUUGCCAAUAUCUCUGUGAUGUGGCAGUAUGGAGAUGACAUACCAAAUGGGAGUUACCUCACUGGGGAAAAAGUCGGUUUGCCGAAGGAAGAAGUUGGAGUGAUCCUUCCCAGGGACACAACACCAAUCGGUAGGGAUGAUGCCCUGUUGAGGGAAGAAAUUGGUUUCUUUUUUGGGAAGGAACUCAAAUGCAACGAGGAAACAAAAUUGCACCAUGGAGGUAAGAAGCUACACAAUUUGACCUACUUUUGGCGAGAAAUUGUAAAAAAUGAAAAUUUUCAAAUUCUAGACAAUAGUACCUCCAACGUGGAAGUAAAAAAAGGAGAACAAAAGAAUGCCCUCAUUUACAAGCGUUUUUAUAUAUGCCUAUCGGACCAAAUGGGGAAAGGCCCUAAAGAGGGCAGAACCUCGAAUGAUAUGCACAAGAAUAAGAGUAACGAAACGAUAGAAAAAAAUUAUACACUUUUUAAUUUAAACAUAGAAGAGAGUGCCCAGGUGUAUGUUGAGAUAAAACCGCACUAUCACUUCUUUGCCUACCCAUUUAAGUUAAACAUCGUUUCGAAACGAUCCUUUUUUGAUAUUUCCAGUGGGCAUAAAACGGUCAUUACGAUUGACCUAUACAAGGGAGAGUACGAAAUACAUUUAGCGUUUCCCGACCUGGCGAGGGAACAAGUAAAAGACAUCAUAUUCGACUUGGUCAUACUUACUGUUUCGGCUGGAAAAGGGGAAAGAGAAACCGAGCAGGGGAACGCACUAACCUAUGUAAGUAACUCUCCUGGAACACCCCCCCAAAGUGACGUGUGCAAAACGUAUCCAUAUAAACCCCUUCUGAACAAAGUCAAUCUGAUGGAUAUCCUCGAAAAUGACGCAUCAGUGAGGAGAAAUAUAAUUUCCCCAAAAUAUAAAAAUAAAUAUUUUCACCUUUUCGGAAAAUUUUUCCUCAAUGGCUACAAGGAAGAAGUUUUCUUUACCAUCCCAAAUGGUGGCUACGUUUUGAAGAUUUUUUGUCUCCCUAUUGAUGAGUCAACAGAUGAAAGUAUCGCAACGGAGGAGGGGGAAAAAAAUCAAAUUGGAGACAUGAGAAGCAUCCCCCCCCGUUGGAAUUUCUCAGACCCCCCAACGAACUUUGUAAACUCCUUUUUGAACGUGCGAAAUGUAUUCAAUAUUAGGGUUGUUGUGGACCAUUCGGGGGAAGCCAACCAGGGUAGUAGAGAUGGAAAGAAAGAUCCGUCAGAGAGCAAGGCCCUUUCUGUGUCACCCAUAUUUGCAAAUGAAGAUGAGGAGUUCAUGUUGAAUCUGUACAGAGUUGAGAAAAGUUUCAAAUUGGUAAUCAAAACGAAUAGCUAUUUCUGUAAUUAUUUCCAGCUAGUGGUAAGUCUCUACCCUCUCGACUUUUACAACCCUGUACACAGCUAUGCAUAUGCCCAGGCGAAAUCUCUGGAGAAAUUUAUGAAAAAUAUUUUGGACACCUUGUCUGUUAAGGCAAAAUUGUAUGAUGACAUAAAAUUUGAGAAGAAGAAAUUUCCGUCACAUCAGUACAUGAGGAUAGAAACGGAUGUUAUCAAUUUGAGGAGCGCCCACAAGGAGGACUCCUUUUCGCUUCCCGUGGUUGUACAUAAGGGGAGCUACUUCAAAGUCAACGUGGGCUACGAUUUCUCGUUAGCCAGUUUCCAAAUGAAGCUAUCAAAAAACGGUGCGACCAUUUCAAGCAGCAGCAAGGUGGAAGUCAACCUGAAGGAGAACGCCCUGAACACAUUUGAAAAUAUUAGCCUAUACUUGGAAGAAGGAAGCUACACAGUGGAAAUUGUUUCCUAUGACGUUACUGCAAAUUUGAAUAAGAUAAAUAAAAAGUUCAGCUUUUGCUUCUAUUUCGAGUUGGAGAUUUUCGAGUUUUCCGAUGACAAGAAGGGGGACGGAAUUCUGCUGGAUGUGUUUCCGCACAACUCGAUGCCCGUCGACAGGAGCUACCCCUUUGGCGUUGAUAUCAUUUUCUGGGGAAAAGUACACGCGAAAGACAUACACCUGGAGGAUGACCAGAAGGCACACUUGGAGCCAACCAGCAUAAGAACAAUUAAGUACGCAAACAUCGAGGUACACAAAUUUGUUUUAUCCCCAGAAGUUAUGCAGAAAGUGGAAAAAAAUUUUAUUUUUAAAUUUGCCCCUAGUUGUAAUAUCUAUGUUAAUGAGGAAAAGGAAAAAAAGUUAAAGUUUACCCUCUCGACUGAUGAGAAAAAUGUUUUUAUCGGAGAAGGCGCUUAUGGAGUGGGGCAGGGUGCAGCAAUCACAAGGAGCGAACCGAAUGAACGAAUUGGCAAGGUGCUUCCAGAAAGUGUAAAUAAUUCCUUCCUCUUGGAGUAUGCGCAGAAGGAAGUUCAGCCAGACAAUGGCAAAACAAGCUAUUUGCAAGGAAGUUCCCAGAAGGACAGUGUGUACGACAUCGACCGUGUCAUCCAGAAUUUCCGAUUGAAUGAAAAGAAAGGAAGGGAGGAAGAAGACUCCCAUGUGAAUGAUCCCUCUAAGGGAGAAACAGACGCGUGUAUUCCGCUGACCAUACUGACAAUCGAAAUUUACUGCUUUGAGAGAAGUUACUUUCUCAUUUUUAUUUUUUUUGUGCGUUUGGUUUAUGUUGUGCGCCUUCCUAUUUCUGCUUUUAAAAUUAUACAAAAACUGGAGGUACUACAGGAAUUACGACGUCAUUACGGAGGGUGA